AUGGCGGAUCAAAUUACGAUCGAAGAGUUCUUACGAGAUUUACCUUCCCAAAUUCGUCUUGCAAGACGACAGCUGUUUUCAAGUGAUCUCAACGCAUGUGAGUAUUUGUACCGACGGACAGAUGAAUAUCUUACAACACUGCAGGUGAUAAGAAAUCGUUUCGAGGAAGGAAAUGUAAGAGGUACAAUCAAUGACAUUGUUAUCAAUUUAGAUCAAAUUGUUUUUGAGAUUCAAACCCUUAAAAACCAAUUCGACCUACAAGUAAGUAAUCAUGAUCCGACACCAGCAGUUGCUAGAAGUAGCUGCCCUAGUGAGAAUACAGGAGCUAAUGGGAGACCACGAAAAAUUGUGGGGAAAAAUGAGUUGGAACGUCUGUUUUCAAUCCAUCGUUCAUGGAGCAAAGUGGCUGAAAUCAUAGGUGUCUCUAGUAAAACUAUAUCAAGAAGAAGAGUUGAAUUUGGAAUGAGCAUUUCGGAAAGGUGUGGAGAACGCCAGUUUUACACCAAAAUUAGCCAGGACAAUCUCGAAAGGAAAUCAUAUGUGAUAGGAGCUUGUAGAUCUGGGAACAUCAACGUACAACGCGCACGAAUUAGAGAAGCUAUUGUUGCAGUUGAUCCGGUGAGUCGAGCAUUACGUAGAACCAUCAGCAUUGUACGAAGAGCAUAUCAUGUGAAAGCUCCUAAUUCGCUGUGGCAUGUUGACGGACAUCAUAAGCUCAUACGAUGGCGCUUCGUAAUUCACGGUGGAAUGGACGGUUAUAGCAGAAUGAUAACAUACCUUAAAUGUAGCACUAACAACCGAGCAGACACUGUGUUUAAAUUGUUCGAGGAAGCUAUUCGAAAACAUGGAUUACCAUCACGCAUACGUGCUGAUUUUGGCACAGAGAAUGUUGAAAUUGCACGUUUCAUGUUAAGCUGUCCAGAGAGGGGACUAAAUCGUGGAAGUAUGAUAUGUGGAUUGUCUGUUCACAAUCAAAGGAUUGAGCGACUAUGGGGUGAGGUUAAACGCAAUAUCGUUCGCCACUUUCAAAAUAUUUUUUACUUUCUGGAAAGACAAGGAUUUCUUGAUCCUUUGAAUGAAGUACAUCUUUUUUCGUUACACUACGUAUAUACAGACCGUAUAAACGAAGCUUUGAAUGAGUUGGUCAGGGAUUGGGCUUUCCACCCAAUGUCAAGUGCACACAAUAAAUCGCCUCGUCAAUUAUGGCACGAAGGUAUGACAAGAGUGAUCGAAAAUGAUCCAUUGUCUCUAGAAGCCGCCCAAGUGCAAAGUUGGCAUGACUAUGGCAUAGACGAAACUGCCCCUCUGCCAGAGAUAAAUUCCGACAACGAUGUGGAAAUUCCAGAGACACUGUCUCUUUUAUGUCAUCACCAUUCAGUGAUUUUAGGAACUCUGGUCAAUUCAUUACACGAUGACGCAAAUGAAGGUAUCGACAACUAUCUACAAACUGUCGAAUAUGCACAAGGACAUGCCAAUGAUAGUUGCUGCAUAGGCAUAGGCGAGGGCAACUGA